AUGUUUAGUUGACUUCAUCGGUCGUGCAAUAUGAAUUCAGAGAAUAUUUUCAACGGCAGGCCAGUGGCUCUUAACUUAUCAACGUACAAGCAAUUAGGCUAUUAUCAACUGUUAGAUCCAAAAGGACCGCAUUUCUACGGAUGCCAUAUUUACAGAACAAUUCUGAAAAUAUUCCUCUUGGUUGUCCAAUUUAUUACGAUUUUCGGGGUGGUGGGAUUCUUUAUAGAGAUAGAAAAUGUUGAUGCUAGCCACGGUAAAUCGAAUUCCUUCGAAUUAAUUAUUAUCCUAACAAAUUGUUCACUAUCUUCGUUGAAAAUGUAUACACUUGUAUCAAAUAACAAAAUAAUUUGGGAUCUCUUCGAUCUCACAUGUCUAGACUUUUUAAAAUGUUCUCGACAUAGUGAAUUGAUCACGGCAAACUUCAUGAAACGUUGUAAAAAGUCAACUAGAAUCACAAAAUGGAUAGCUCGUUCUUUUCUCGUAGGAUUGAUUUUAUGGGUGAUGGGACCUUUCAUCGCUAAUGAAGAAAACACUGCACCCAAAGCUAGUCAUCGAUAUCAAAAUAUUAUCAACAUAAAGUUUCCAGUGACAGUGAAAACCUAUAACGAUUACUACUUUGUAUUUUAUUUUAUGGAAGUGGCUGUAGGAUUUUGUAUCGUUUAUGGUUCAGUUUUAGUAGACGCUUUUCUCAUGUCAUUUUGUUGGAUUAUUUCCGCACAGUAUCAAUCGGUCACUAAAGCAUUUGCAACAUUUGGACAUAAUAAUGAAUUAAGUUCUCCGAAAGAAAUUUAUAAUAAUUUCAAAUCAAUUAUAAUCGACCAUCAAAAUGUUUAUUUAAAAAUGAAAUCAUUUUAUGCUGUCGUGCGACCCAUUACUCUCAUUCAUGUUUUCGCUUAUUCAUGCUCAUUAAUUAUGUAUGCAUAUGUAAUCGUAACGAUCUUUCACUCAAAAGAAUCGUUCAUUAUUGCUGAAAUAAUGAAAAUAGUUAUGACGGUAUCAAAUGUCACGAUUGAAGUGUUUAUCUUUUGUUAUUUAUUCGAACUUAUCGAUAACAAAAAAGAAGAUGUAAACUUUGGAUUAUACAGCUGUAAUUGGACUAGGAUGGACAUGAAGUUUAAACGACUAUUGUUAAUGUCAAUGAAAAUGAACAAUGCUAAUCGAUUGAAGUUAAAAGCAACGCCGGACGUAACUAUCAAUCGGCCGUUUUUCGCAAAUGUAAUCCACACUUGCUUCAAAAUAGUUUCAGUUUUAAUCCAAACUCAAUCUAAUGAAUUAUUAAACUAAAUACAAUUGAAUAAUGUCUUACAAUUGUUAUCAAUUCAUCAUCAUUCAUCAUUCAUCGGAGUUCAUAUCAAAAAUAUUUUAUGUAACGUAAAUAAAAAUACGUACCUUAAAUUAAGCUUAACUAGCUGACGAUGUUUAGAAAAUAAAUUUAGUACGAACAAUCUAAUAUAUUAAGUCAUAGAACUGUCUGAACUAUUAUUAUAGGUGCCUACUGCCUACUACAAUUAUUAUACUACCUAUAUGGUAUUAUUUUAGUUAUACUUAAAAUAUACAACAUUUAAAUGCUUUAACGAGAAACACA